GCACCGAAUUCGACGAGUUUAUGAGGAUAUCGCGCGUUCCCCGUCUAAUCUAGACACCCGUGCGUGGAACGCAAUGUCAAACACUGACACGUCGGGACACACGGCCGAUCGAAGAACUUCUCGGUACGACAGGGCGACGUCCCACUGAACCCUAAAGACCUUCAUACGGCCCAUAUCGGACUCUUUUGGAUGCAUUUGGAUUAUUUAGUGUAGUGAAGGAUGCAGUGAAGUGAAGUUCAAGCUGGAGUUCAACGUACUUACGUACUUUACAUGGCCACUAUCAACAACACAUCAGAAGUGCAAUAGGUUCUUGCUUUUCGGAAUAUGGUGUAGCAGACCUUGUUCCUCAAUUACGAAAUGGACCUCAGCCCUUCAUGUUUUUGAUCGAUCCUGAAUGUAGGCUGGGGAAUUAGGAGUAAAAUUUUGAGACUGGCUCUAACAGAACAUAAUCAGAAUAUGAAAUUAAUAGUACUAAUAGCGAAGAAAGAAUAGUAGCUCUGAUGUACUCAAAAUAGAUGAAUUAGGAAUUGAUUUGGCCUACAAAAAAGAUUUAUCUUGCCUCCAUAGUUGAUAGAGGAACUUCUUUAGCUAACAGAAGGUUAUAGUGCUAGAUUAUUGAACGUUGCUAAUCAGAUAACGAAAGGCUUUUGAAUUAUAAAUUCGAUGUAAGAUUUGAUAGAAAAAGCAAGAUUUCUCUUAAAAAUAGUAGUUAAAUUAUCCAAAAUUGAUUUAUGAAUAACCUGGAUGCCCUGAAAAGACUGCCGUUGGUGAUGAAAGUGUGAUAUUGAAAGCUUUAUUUGAAUUUAGGUUAUAUAAUUGACAUUUCUCUGGAACCUGAGAAGGUAAAUUACAAAAAAACAGCAGAGAGAAAAGCAGAAAUCAGUCAAGAUAGCGACAAAAAUAUUGAUUCAAAACGAUAGGACGCCUUAAACAAUAAUUGGAAUAAGGUAUAAUAAAUAUCCCAUUAAACUUUAUGUUUAAGGAAGUUUACUGAAGAAAGAGAGUAGUAGUAGCAGAAAAGAUAAAGACACUUCGGUAAGAAAUUGGAAGGCAAUACCUCCGAAUGUUAGACCUGUUUUACGGCGAAACGACUUGAGUAGGUCUUACAUUACAUGAGACGUCUUAUAUACUGGAAAACGAGAUGCCUGUAUCAGUGGAUAUCUAGCUUUAAUCGAAAUUUUGUUAUUGAAACGUGUGGUAGAAGAUAGCAUUAGGUCAUUAUAUUUAAUAUCUCUAACAAGUAACAAGGAAGUGAUCGGAAGUGUUUCAGAUAUAUGAGCUCGAAUGCAGUCAAGAGUAAUAUAACAAAGGUAACUAUCUAACGUAUCAGGAUUUUAUAGUAGUUGAUCCUCAAGGGGAAUGAACGUAUGUUUAGUGUAAGGGAUCCUUAAUUAGACUGUUGUUCAAUGGUGUGUUAAGCGCGAACAUUUAGUGAUAGUGGGGUGAGUUCAUGUUCGGCCGUGGUGGUCAGCAAGGUGGUGGUUGGUGAUGUGAGUGAGAUGAACGCGGGCCCGUUGCCGCCCGUGCCUGCCCUGAUUCCGAUAUCAGCGUUGCGAAAAGCGGCCGGCAACAACGGGCGGCAGCAGGAGAUGGGCGAGCAGCAACAGCGCCCUCUACGGCCGUCCCCGAACCAACCGCGGAUCGAUAGUUGCGGGGGCGGCGAGAGACAAGCGGCGAAGGCGGCAGCGGCAAAGGCGACGGUCGCCCGGAAAACACAACGAUCGACGCGCCACCACCGUAGAAAGUGCAGAACGCCGCGCGCCACGACACAACCGCAGAACCGCAUCAAUCCGAUUUUCGUGUGGGUGAAACAAGAAGAUACGCGAAUCGUGGACGUGAAAUGCGAGGACUACGACAAGAGAAACCGCAUCCUCUUGACCAAGACCGCUCAAGGCUGGAGGGCGAUCCCGCGCACCGAGACCCUGGUGCCCUCCCUCAAGGAUGUGGCUAGCGUUGAGGAACACGCGACGCAUCAUCACCAUCAUCACCAUCACAAAUCAAAGAAAUCACGGAAGAAUAAGGUGCGUCGAAGGUCUACCGGGGUACAAGUCACCUCUGACUUGGAAGAAGACGAACCUGAACAGGAUGAAUCUGAAACCAAAGAGGACGACCUGGAGAGUCUGCUGCCGUCUCACACGAUAAAAGUAAACCGCGCGGUUACGCCCCAAAAACACGACGAGGACGUUGAGGUCAACGUAAAUGUAAACACAACCGCCGCUACUGUACCGACGAGUGACGUCACUCCCUUGGAUAAUCUACUAGCUGUGGCGGAACUAGAAUUCAACCAACAAGUCAGGUCCGGAGAAUGGGAAGAAAAAUCGGAAGAGCAAGGUGACAAAGAGUUUAACCUCGAUCUCAUCGAACCCACGAAGAAAAGCGAAGAAUGUGACUAUACGGAAGAAGACGAGAACAACAUCGCUAUGGAUGACAUUCUCUCCAGGUUAGAACAAUCUUUGCAAAGCCCCGAGUGCACAGAAGUUCAUACCAAUUUCGAAAGUGAAGUUAUUACCAAAGUGGAUGACGAGAACGCAAAUCAUGCCAGUGAUAACGAAACAAUCGUACCUGAGUUCCAAUCCGAUCCCAAACCAGAGAUUGAUAUACCUCAAAAAGAGAUCGAGGAGGAAGAACCUCUUCUUCCUGUGGUCGAAUCUUCGACGGUGGAUGACGAAGAGCCCAAGGAUUUAACUGUGAAGUCAACAGAAGCCAACGAUAAUGACUGUGAUGAGCUUGAUGAACCUACUGACUUGAGCAUUCCCAAGAAAUCAUCCUCCCCUCCACCUAGACCUGUUUCUCAAAACUCCGAGGCGAUUCAGUCACCUCAGCCCAGUGGGAUACCAGCUGUUCCACCAUCUCCAGAUAUCGUCUCUACCACCGUCAAUAGUAAGUCAAAAUCUGUAUUUUUGGAAUCGCUUUUGGCUAACAACACCAACAAAAUAGAACUUAACUCUGAGGUGACUAUCACUAGGCAAGCCGAACCUUUAGAUCUAGGAAAAUGUAGUAGAAAAUCAGCCAGUCCAACAGUUACAUGUUCGGAAGAGGUAAGCAGUGCUCCAGAACCUCAAGAACUAGAGCCACCCACUAAAAAACUUAAACCGUCAAUAGAUUUAACCGUAAAGAAUCUUUUGGAUGUAGAAGAACACAAAUCUAGCGAUGCAAAAAGUAAAGAAAAAAGUCAAACAGAAACACCUAGGCUUAUAGAACUAUUAAAAAAUGAUUCGGAACCAGAUGCUUUGGUUCAGUUAAAACAAUUAUUAGCAGAUCCAAGUAUAAAUGUGCCAGAUCCUAUUUUAAUACCAAAAGAUAAAUUUACCACAAUUCUGAUGAAACCUGGGACAGAGAUACCGAAGCUUUUGAAAGAAAGACCAGAGUUGCGAUUACCAGAAGCUUUAGCAUAUCCGCACAUAAUGCAAGACCCACAUAUGUUAGUUUUGAAUGUGCAUGAUUUAGAAGCAAUUCUCGCUAGUAGAUGCGGCCAGGAAAGCAGUGAAAAAGAAAAGAGCGAAACCAAAAAGGCCGAAAAAGAAAAAGACAGAGAGAAAGAAUCAGCUGCGAAGGAAAAAGGCGAGCAUCAAAAAGCAUUUAACGAACUAGCGAAUGAUAUCGACAUGGCAACACAAUCAGCAUUCAAUCAGAUGCUGUGGUUGCCCUAUCUGAAUCAGUUAGAAGCAAUGGGAUACAAUGCCAAUGCUGAAUUGAUGAAGAUGUUGACAGGAUCUAUGCCCUUUUAUCCUAACCAAAUGGCCGACCUUAGUCACAUGUUUGGUAACAGUCCAUUCCCACCUAACUUGCCAUUUCCCAUGCAACAACUUAACUAUGGCAAUUUGAUUGAAAUGAGGAUGUGGCAGCAAGCCAUGAUGCAAGCGGAUAUGUUGAGGAACAAAUCAGCUAUGGAAAGUAUGAAUAAUAAGUACGCUUUUAAAGAUUAUUUAGAGAAAAAUAGCCACAAUCAGAUAAGGAAAAGCUCCGGGCAAACCAGCUUGAACCAAAUGAUGCAGGCGUCUAACAAGCAGCAUUUCUCUAGCGGAUCUGUGUACUCUAAUGGGCAUUCUGGUUACCAAAAUCCCUACAUGAAUCCUCAUCAGUCCAACAGUAAUGGGAUGAGUUCGCAAAGGAGCAAUCAUAGAAACAAUAGUUAUCCCCAAAGGCAACAUUCUAACAAUAGCUACCAACAGAAGCAAUUAGAAGCCAAUCAGCAUUUAUACAACUUAGCGGAACUAGAGAAACAACAACACUACAUGCAAAGUUUGAGCGGGUUGAAUCAAGAGUAUAACAUUCCUCAGAGACGAGAACCUCAUCAGAAGCCGAAAGUGACGUGCAAGCCUUUCGCGAGCUUAUCGAACAAACCAGUGGAGUCCAGGUCGGAGUUCACACGACACCCCUUGCACCACGGGCCAAUGGACUUGUCGGGUAUCCCCAGUCUGGCCAGCAAACAGAAGAUCAAGCAGCACCAUAUGGACCAGGUUAUUGCAGCUAAAGCGCAGGCCAUGAAGCAUCAUGAGGACGUACCGGAAGUAGGCAGUACGACGGCAAGCAUUGAGGAGAUGCAGGAUGCUCACAAGCACCUGUGGCAUCCGCUGUUUGGAAGCCAACAAGGGCAGCAAGGCAGCAAAGGCUACCCUAUCCCCGGAAUGGGUGCUUACGGUGGAGUGGGGAGCCCAUGGCCUUGGCCAGGCUUGACCGCCGGCGCCGGCGCUGGCGAAUAACACAGGCCGCCUCCUCCAGCGUCUUGGAGGACCUCUCAACAGCAGCAGGCUUCGCACGCCACUGGAGGCUUCCAGCAGUCCCCCUCGGGGGCGAUGGCGAGGCACCCCAACGCCGAUGCCACUUUUACAGGGUUCGACUUCUUCUCCAAGUAGCCAAGGCUGCUUUCUAAGGUAA